AUGCCCAUACUAUUCUUCAACGGCAAAUUAUCCCGAUUCUGCUCUCCUUCCAACAACCUUCAGCAGGAGCCUCAUUCGCCCAAAAUCAUCGACCCUGCACUUCAUGACCCUUCUCUUCCCCAGGACGAAAUCAAUAAGAGUAUUUGGGAAGGGUGGAAUGUAGAGAUGAGCUACGGGGAAGUUGUAACGAGAGGGAAAGAAUGUAAGAUGCAAGUUGUCCUAUCAUUCCAAGCUGCUUUAGAAGAUCCUAAAUUGGUUAAACACCAUUACAUCCGAGCGAUUCAGUUUCACAAGGAAUAUGUCAAAUGCGAAUUAAUCAAGAUGAUUCGAUUUAUCGAACAUUCCCUCUACUCCAAAUCUACCUUGACUUCGGCGUUGUUAGAUAGAUUGCUUAAGAAGAAGGAGGAGGGAUGGAAGGGCACGAUGAAGGGAUUGGAGGAAAGUGUGACAGAGGGUGAAGUGUGCAAAAGUAAAGGUAAUGUAGCAGGCAAGAAUAGUAAACACGAACAAGCCAUCCGCCAUUACCUCGAAGGAUUGAUCACCAUCUGGCCAUAUACUUCGAACGAUACUUCGAUAAACUACGAAAAAGCAUUUGGGAGCGGUUUGGUCAAGCUUGAACAAGCUUUGCUGAAUAAUAUCAUUACCAUAUCACUAUCUCAUCCUUCCAAGUCGGGUCCCAAGAGGAUGAUUUUCGAUAAUAUCGCUAGGGUCACUUGUGAGGUCAUGUUAGAAUUUAGGUAUUUGACUGUUACCAAUCUCAGAAAAACGUUUGAACGUCUAGCUCAACUUGACGAGAGGGAAUAUGGAGUUGAAGGUGAACAAAGUGUCAAUUCGUUUAUGGCUGAUCUGUUUCGAGGUAAGGAAGGGGAUGGAUGGGCACAUAGAGAUUGUAUACAAGAACAUGUCUGUCAUGAGUAG